GCAAUCGCCCGGCAGCGACACCAUUUCCUCGAUCUCGUCAGUCAGCCAAAUCUCCACAUUUCAGCAAAAGAUCGAACAGCUGAAUGCCGAGCGACAGCCGUUGGAAGACAAGAUCAAGGCUCGACUUGGCGGCCGUCCAUCAACAGGCAUCUCCACUCGGGCCGGGCUUGAGGCACGGGUCCAGCAGCUGAACGGGACGCUGCGGACAAUCAAGGAAAUGGAGAUCGAGAACAGGAAACUCAAGAACCGCAUUGAGGCCAUCAGGGCCCGCAUCCAGGAAAAGAAGGGUCUGUUGCGGACAUCGCGCCGGGAGGCUUCAGCCAGCCAAGAGUCGGCCCUCAAGCAGCUGGAGCCGCAGCUCAAGGAGCGGCUCCAAAAGUAUACCCAGGUGGCCGAGAUCCUGACUCAGAGCCGGAGGCUGCUGAUCCGCGAGCUGGUCCUGGUCUUUCGUCUGCGCAAGGUCCAGCGUGUCCAUUCCUCAACCUCCAGCCGCAGCUCCAAUGCCAACAUGAUGGCGGUUCUCGAGAAACCCGAGCGGGCAAACGGAGCAACGACGGCGCCGGUCCCGCUGGCUUCUCAGCAUGUCUCGCCAACGUCGUCUGCGCUGAAUGCCCUGAUCGGAGCGACGCAGUCGACGCUCUCGACGUUGUCCGGUGGGAUCAUCACCACUCCCACGUCCGAGUCGCCUCCGUCGAACCCUGCGACCCUGGGAGCCGAGGAGGUCUUUGAGUUCCGCAUCCUCAACGUUGGAUUCUCGGUCUACGGCAACUACUACGGAUACCCUCGGGAAAAGUUCAAUGCCGCAGUCGGACACAUUGUCCACAUGACUGUGCUGCUUAGCCAGUACCUCGGCGUCCAUCUGCCGUUCCAGAUGAUCAACGGCGGUGUCCGGUCGUUUGCCCAGGCCAAUCACUACGAGUCGAUAUCGAUGCAGACAAACAUUCAGGUCCCGCUCUGGCUCACCGACACCAACAUCGAAAGCUUCACCGUUGGCCUGUCGAUGCUCAACUACAACAUUGCCUAUCUCUGCUUCUCGCAAGGAGUUGAGAUUUCACUGCAGCAGCUGCCCAAUACCCUGGAGAACCUGGUGCUGUGCUGCCAGGCGCCAAGUCUCGGAUGCGACGUCAACCGGCACUCGUCGCCGCUGUCAAAAUGGAGCCAGGGGUCUCUGACGUACAGUGCUCUCAGCACAAGCGAUGCCAGUCAUACGACCCAAAGCGGGUCCAUCGCAAGCCCCAUCCUCGGAAGCCCCGAGCCAAUACAGCGGCCCCAGCAGUUCCACAUGGACUUUGGCAAGGUCCUGCAACUGCACAUCCUCCUUCGGAAUCGCCCGCGGCCGAACCCACGAAGCACGGCCGAGUCCCUCAAAAGCGUGUUCCUGCAUGACGCGGAGGUGCGGCGAUUCAUCGAGACCGCAAACGAGUCGCCCCACGGAUCCGAGGACGAAGGCGUGGACGAGCUUUUGGAGGAAUGGCAUUUGAUCGAAUAGUGCCUUGGGUGGUCGAUCCGCGGACAAGGCCGACGAACGGACAAACGCGAUACCGGUGUCGCGAGGUUUCGGAGUGAGAGAGUGUGUGUGAGAGAGUGAUAAAGAGAAGGCC